AUUUUUAAGUGAGGUUAAGUUUACAACUUUUUUUUCUCUCUGGGCUGGGGACGGAAAAUUGUAUUUUUGGGGAAUCAGAAAGUUGCAUUUUUCUGUGCUUUUUUCCGUGUUAAUAAUGUGAAAUAGUGGGUGGAAAAAUGGUGAACGCCAGUUUAACCUAUGAAAUAUUGCUCUAUCUCAAUUCCUUCUACUUUGGAAUGUUUGGGCCCUGUGAAGUUGGAAUGGGAGUCCUGAAAGGCGUGAAUCUUACCUAUACUAAAGAUAGUUUGCUGCGAGAUGCAUUACUUCUAGUUUCUCUCCUCAUAGCAGAAUCCAUCCGAAUAUAUUGCGGUCGACACGGAAGUCUCAGUGAUCAUGGUUGGCGUGUUAUAUGUUCGGUUUUCCUCACAUUUCCCAGUGCAGGCGCAGUCACAUAUUUACUCUACUUUCAGACCUAUACCCUAGGUCUGGAAUACAUCCUCUGUGCCUUACUGUUGGCUCUUCAGAUAACUGAAUUAUUUUAUGCCCUCUUGUUUGUAUUGACCAUGUGCCGUCCACCAAAUUACAAUUAAAAGUGCAACCACGACGGGUGCAUAAAUCCUCAAAGACCCAAAGACACUUUGUAAAAAAAAGCAAACGUCUAGUCAUAGCAAUAGCAGUGGACGGAGAAAGCGGAAUUUUCUAAUGGAUGUGAAUCCCUAAACUGCCCUGCUCCCCCCCAAAAAAACCAAAGACCCUCAAAAAUGGAAAAUUUUGGUGUAGAAAAAGAAAAGUUGAGUGAAAUAAUCUCCUAUGUGUGUUCACAAGUUUCGGUGUAAUUGAGUGUUUUCUUUUUCAAUCUCGUUUAUGAGGACCAUUCAAAAAAUAUAAUUUAAUGUAGUAAGGACAAGUUGAAGAACUAAGAAAGUAAAAAAAAACAAACUUGACGCAUAUUAUCAAUAUAAUCGAUAAAUUUCGUUUUAAUGGAAGAAUAGAUACUCAAUUUACUUACGUUCUUGUAUAAUAACUCCUUAUACAAUAAAUUUUGCACUAUAAUAAAUUUGA